UACAAUGGCGUCCUCAACAGAACAACUAUUUCUCGCCAUCUUGAGAAGUGACCACAUCAAGGACUCUCUUCUUCCUCACCUCUCAUCCAAUGAUCUCUGCAACAUCCGUCAAUCUUCGUCGGCUUGCUGCAACCUCCUUACCAAGCGUAUCUUCACCCGCCUACACAUCUCCUUCUCAGCCUCGACAUUUACCAAGUCAGCUCGAGUGUCUGCUCUCGCUCGUAUCGGUCAUCAUAUUGAGCAUCUUACCUUCUACUUCCCCCAUUCUGAGGCCACUUUCCUUCCUCCACUCAUCCAUCCAGUUUCUGGUAACGAGAUAUGCUUCCUAUACACUCCUCACACAAGCAUGGGCUCUGUCCUCUCUCGGCCCAAGUACGCCAACGCUGAGCUUGGUGACAUCCUUACCCAGCAAUACCCUCCUCUCUUCCAUGCCGCCACCAAUGUCCCUAGCUUUAUCAACGCCAUGCGCAGUCUUACCAACAUGCGCCAUCUGACUAUCAGAUGUCCUGGCCAGGAUCCUAGAGAGCGAUAUCGCCGUGACAUUGUCGACUAUGCUCUCAUCAGCUUGCGUAUCUCCCUUGAGCGUGCUCCUCUGGAGAAGCUUCGCAAGCUGUCCCUUUCUCAGCUGCACCCUGCGGCUUUCAACUACCUUCGUCACGUCAACGGCUUUGGAACAGUCCCGUCAGCCGGAAGACGCUGGCGCCAGAUCAACAAGCUCUCCAUCUCGGUAGAUGCUUGGGACUUUUAUGGAACAUCGCCAGGUCGUGACCAUUUGAAGAUCUUGGACGAAUACGUCCGCACAUUUGCCCCCAAUCUAGAGAAGUUCGCCUUCACAUGGCUUGGCCGCAAAGGGCCUUGCCCAGUUGCUCUAGCUUCUGACCCCCUCUUCUCACCGCCCCGUGCCUCUAAGAAACUUUUCCACGAGGUUACAUCUCCUAUGUCUCCCUUACCUGAGACUCCUGGAAAGGGGGCUAUCCACUUCCCGAAACUGCGAUACCUUCAAGUUCGCAAUGCUGUUAUGAAUGCCCCUCAGCUCAGCAACUUGAUCAACUCACACCGCCCAACAGUCAAAGAAUUCGACUUUGAGAGUGUCGUUCUGGCUGAUAAUGGUAACUGGGACGAUGUCCUUGCGCCCAUCGACACCGAUGAUUCCUGGUCUCGAAGCAACAGCAUAGCCGCCCAAUCAGAAUACAGUCUUGUCACGAGCCCCAGCUCAGAGCAUCUUCCAAGCCCAAGUGCUGCUGUAACUGCCGCUAGUCGUGAGCUUUUCGACAUGGACCUCGGUGGCUUCCCUUUCGGCGACAUUGAAAACGAAGUCGUUGAUGACCCUACUGAAGAGAUCACUGCCAGUGAACUGUUUUCUGCCCCUGCAUAUGAAUCAGAUGCUGGAUUCAGCACAAAACUUAGAAAGAAACGCUCUCGUCGCCGCAGACGCAAGCAUCGCAGCAGUGUUGAGGAUGCCCCUGAAACACCGUCUCCUUCACCCAAGUCCUCUCAACACUCCCUAUCACGCCGCCACAAAACCUCUCGUCCUCGACUCCAACCUUUUCUGGAGGAACAAAUCCUCCGCCCCUCAACUCCUGUCCCCAACAUCACCGCCCCCAUCUUGAUCAGUGAUCCCCAGCCUGUGCUGCUACAACCCACAACCUAUGACCCAACCGCAAGGAGGAAUGCCAGUCGAGAUCCGGAUGAAGGCAUUUCUACCGUGCAGCGCAAUAUAGAGCAGGAAGAAGCCCACCGUCUUCUGGCUGAAGAUGCUGUCGCGAGAGUGAGCGCCUUGCAAAAGGCCAAGGCCGCUGUCCUGUCCAAGCUGAGCCGCGAAUUCUGCCAUAGCAAGAAACCCCGCGUCGGUGAAGCUAACGCAUGUCGCUUUCUGGCAGGCCGGGAUAUUGGUACGGCAUUUGGCCCCAGCAUGGUCAUGGAGGAUCGAAGAGCACUGGAGAGUCGGAGCGUAUUAGUACCCCUGAUGUUCAGUCGCUCAUGAACUGAACACAGUACGAGAAACAUGAAUGAAAUGAUGGCGGGCUCCGAGAAAUAGUGGGAACACUCUUGUAAUAACGAUACC